UUAAGGGCUUGGUUGCUUGCCUUGGCAGUUGUGGUCGUAUGCGGCGUAGCGCAGGUCAGAUCCAGUGCUUCUGAUCAUCGUUACACAGCUGGAGAUGAAGUCCCUCUCUAUGCUAAUAAAGUGGGUCCCUUCCACAAUCCCAGCUCCCGUGAAGGAGAAGAAGGAAGCUUUGGGUGAAGUCUUGAACGGCGAUCGGCUAGUGAGUGCUCCUUACAGACUUGACUUUUUGGUAACAAGGAGGCUGAAGUUGCUUGCAAAAGGAAGCUGGCAAAGGAAGAAGUUGCCAAGUUCAGAACGGCCGUCUCUAAGAACUAUUACUUCCAAAUGUAUUACAACGACCUUCCCAUUUGGGGCUUCUUAGGGAAAGUUGAUAAUGAAGGCAAGGCUGAUCCAAGUGAGUAUAAGUAUUAUCUCUUUAAGCAUCUGAUAUUCGAAAUCCUUUACAAUAAGGAUCGCGUGAUUGAGAUUACUGUUCGAUCUGAUCCCAACUCCCUUGUGGACCUCACCCAAGAUGAACCUGUAAAUGUUGAUUUCAUGUACACUGUCAAAUGGAAGGAAACUGAGACUCCCUUCGAGAAGCGGAUGGACAAAUACUCACAGUCUUCUUCGAUGCCGCACCACUUGGAAAUCCACUGGUUCUCAAUCAUCAAUUCUUGUGUAACCGUUCUGUUACUGACUGGUUUCCUUGCUACCAUUCUAAUGCGAGUUCUGAAGAAUGAUUUUGUUGAGUAUGCACAUGAUGAAGAAUCUGCAGAUGACCAAGAAGAGACUGGGUGGAAGUACAUUCAUGGUGAUGUGUUCAGUACAAGUUUUAUAUUUAUCCUCGCUCUUGUUGGGGUCUUUUAUCCAUAUAAUCGAGGAGCCUUAUUCAGUGCUCUGGUUGUCAUUUAUGCCCUUACAUCUUUAAUUGCUGGCUACACUGCUGCCUCUUUCUAUUGCCAACUUGAAGGAACAAAUUGGGUGAGAAACUUACUACUGACCGGAAGCUUGUCCUAUGGGCCUCUUUUUGUCACAUUUUGCUUUCUUAACACUGUCGCAAUUGCUUAUAAGGCCACUGCAGCAUUGCCAUUUGGAACCAUUGUGGUGAUUUUUCUCAUAUGGACUCUGGUCACAUCUCCUUUAUUAAUAUUAGGAGGUAUUGCUGGAAAGAAUACCAAGGCAGAGUUUCAAGUGCCUUGCCGCACUACAAUAUAUCCUAGAGAGAUCCCACCAUUGCCUCGGUACCAACAAACUCUUCCUCAGAUGGCAACGGCAGGGUUCUUGCCAUUCAGUGCCAUCUGUAUUGAACUUUACUACAUAUUUGCCAGUGUGUGGGGACAUAGGAUCUACACCAUAGACAGCAUCCUGUUUAUUGUUUUUAUCCUUCUCUUGAUUGUUUCUGCUUUUGUCACCGUGGCUAUGACUUAUUUUCAACUUGCUGCUGAAGACCAUGAGUGGUGGUGGAGGUAUGCUGUUUUUAGCUUUCUGAUUUGCAUAUAUAAAGAAACAGUGAAACACAUGCAUUUGCAAGUAGGCACAAACAUCGUACAAGAACAUAUAGAUGAUUGGUUGAAUGGAAAAUAUUUUAAAAAUUCUCAUAUUAAUAUUAUUAUUUGGUGCUCAAGUAAUUUUUUUUGUCUUUUAGCACAUGUUUGGUAUGUUUUUUCUUUCAGUUACAAUAUGCUUACAUUCUUGUGGUAUAUUGGUAGGUGUGCGAUAACCAUGUCAUAA